UAAUUAUAGCUAUCAUUUGACCUUGAAAACCAUAUUGCAUUUCAGACAAUUAAAUAUGCACACGCAUGAAACACACUUGUCGAUAUUUUAGCUAGUGUCCUCGAGGAAUACAGAAGUUUUGGUUAAAGCAAAACUGCAAUUAUGUCUGACAAUAUUUAUGACAAGGAAACACGAAAUUGGGUAAAGGGAAUACUUGCUCUAAACGAAACAAGGACGGCAUUAUGUGGGUGUAUAGAUGAUAAACUCGAACAAUUCAUAAGCGAGGUUCCAAACCAGCAGAAGAACCACUUGGAACAAUUUUUCCUAUGUUUAGAGAAGCACAAUAUUCAACAACUGAAACAGCUUAAGCUGCCAAACCAAUCGAGAAUAAAGAAGAAAAAGAAGAAUUUCAGUUGUGAACACGAACUCUGUAGCAUUCUGAUGAAGCGUUUCAUCAAAAUACAUGACGAUAAUCAGAUAUUAUGUGAUUCUUAUCAGUGGAUAACUGUUCCCUCACAGACUGGUUCGACUACUAUAGAAAGGCCAAUCAGAGAUAAAUCGAAAAAAGAAGAAACAAAAGAAAGAAUAUGGAAAAUAACAUCUUUGUAUAUGGUUAUCGACAAGGGUGACAAUAUACAACAAUAUCAAGGUUUGGACGAUCUUGAUAUAUCGAAAGUUGUUAAAAUCAUGAAGAGCUGCACAAUAUUUGUUCCUGACAGAUCGUUGAAGCUGUAUGAUGCAAUUAUAAGUCUAAGAAAUGAUCUGAUGCAUUCGCCACAUAACCACAUGGAAGAUGGUAACGUUAAGAAGGUGAUAAAGUCUUCGAAACAGCUUUUAGACUGCCUACAAAUCUCUGAAGCUCCAUACUGCAAGGUUUCUAUGCAGGAACUACGAAAACUUGAAGAAAAUAAGAUCUAUGUUGGAUACAGAUCGAUAGAGACCAAAGACAUUUUGGUAAAAGUUGGCGCUGCAAAGGAAAUUGCUGCUAAAUUAGACGAAGCUAUUGACGUUUUGAACAAGGAUUGCAAAAGUAAAAGCAAAGAGUUACACGACCUUUUAGAAAAGAUUUGCCAGACGGGAUCAUGA